AUGGCGGCCGGGCGGGUUGUGAAGGAUGAACCUGAGGAGGAUGAUUGGAGAGCUGGGGAGGGGGGGAGUGAGGAGGAGAGUGAGGAGGGGAGUGAGGAGGAGAGUGAGGAGGGGAGUGAGGAGGAGAGUGAGGAGGAAAGUGAGGAGGAAAAUGAGAAGGAGCGUGAGGAGGAAAUUGAUGAGGAGAAUGCGGAGGAGAGCGAGGAGGUGGAGAGGGAGGACGAGGAGGAGGAAAGUGACGAGGAGACCGAGGAAGAAAAUGAGGAGAAGAAUGUGGAGGAGAAGAAGAUUGUAGAGGAGAAAACUGAGGAAAUAAUUGAGAAGGAUGAAGUGAACGAGGAGGAGGAAGGAGGAGGAGGAGAAGGGGAGGAGAAGGGGGAGGAGAAGGAAGGGGAAGAGGAGGAGGAGGAGGAGGAGGAGGAGGAGGAGGAGGAGGAGGAGGAGGAGGAGGAGGAGGAGGAGGAGGAGGAGGAGGAGGAGGAGGAGGAGGAGGGAGUGGAAGGAGGGCGAGUGGAGGAACAGCAGAAGGAUUCACCUCCGUCACAGAAAGAUCCGAGAAAGAAGAAAGUCCAGCCCCCGUUUCCAACAUGCAGAACUCUCGCACCCUCCUCGCCCUGCGCACUGUUGCGGGGCAGCAGGCGUGGGAGAGAGGGUGCAGAAAAGAGGGGGAACGGCGCAUGGACGAGACGGACGGUUCCAGUCUUCAGCAUCAAAAAGGCUGCUUCUGCUUCAGGAGUUGCAGGCGAUGCUGCAGGUGUUGAUGGUGGUGAUGGUGAUGGGCUAGCGGAGGGGAGACGCAAGAGCGGUGGGGCUAAGAUCGCCCGUCGCUCUGACCGUCCCUCUUCUGCUGGUGCUGCUGCUGUUGCUGUUGGUGAUACUGUCGCUCCUUCUCCCAGUCCCUUGAAACAGCAGGAGGAGCAGCAGAAGGGGCAGCAGUUGCAGCAGCUGGAAGGGGAGGGAGAGAAAGAGGGGCAACAGAAUCGCAGGAAGAAUGCAACCCCAAAAAGAGGAGGAGUCGCCACAGCUUCUGGUAAUGCUUCUGGUGCUGCUGCUGGUGGUUCUGGUGCUGGUUCUGCUCGUCUUCGCUCCGCUCCUGCUGCUGCUGCUGAUGCAGCAGCAGCAGCAGCAGCAGCAGCUGCAUCAACUGCACCCAACACGACUCUCCCGCCCUUCCGGUUCACAUCCAAUCAAGAGUGGCGGCAUUUGGAUUACGGCAACGAUCUCACCGCCCUCACCGCAGACGGGCGGCGCGGCCGGAGUGCCGCCCGCACGCUGGGCUUCCGGGGCGGCUGCAUUCGUCUGCCAGCGGUGCACCGGCAGAUGCUGAGGCGGCUUUUAAGGAGGAUGAUGUUCCGAGGGGAGGUGGAGCAGGCAGCAGGCGUGCUGGCGGCUCUGAUGGAUGCGGAUAAGGACGCUGAAGUCACAAGACGGGCUGUGGAUGAACCAAUAUGGCUCGAGUCUCAGGUGAGGGAAAGGCAGGAGGUGCAGCAGGCGGCAGGCGUGCUGGCGGCUCUGAUGGAUGCGGGUAAGGAUGCUGAGCAAGCGCUCGUUCUGCUGCGAGAGCUGUGGCGCAAGGGCUUCAGCAGCAGAGGCAGUGGGAGCGUUGGUGGUGGUGCUGCUGCUGCUGGUGGUGGUGGUGGCAGCAGCAGCAGCAGCAGUGAGCGGCGGAGGGCAGAGAGGAGGCGACUGGUGGUGUUCAUGCGAGCGAUAGCUCUCAAGCAAGAGGACGAUGUGAGUGGUGAUGGGGGGAAUAUGGCUGCUGGUGCGUAUGGGUAG